AUGGCACGGAAAUGGCAUCAAGAAACUCUGAUCACAAACACACAAAUCUGUAACAGGGCAGACCCCGAGUUCCCUAGGAGCACGAGCUUUGCCAAGAAACACAACAAGAAGGGCCUGAGGCAGGUGCAGGCUGGCAGUGCCAAGGCCACGAGGGCACGCGCUGAGGCUAUCAAGGUCCGCAGGAAGCCCAAGGAGGUCAAGACCAAUACUUCAAAGGGCAGCAGCUACAAGCUCAGUCAACUUGCCUACAUCACUCACCCCAAGAUUGGGAAAUGUGCUCGUGCCCGCAUCGCCAAGGGUCUCAGGCAUUGCCAAAGGCCAAGGCCAAGGCUCAAACCAAGCCCCAGGCUGUGGCUGACACUAUAA